UCAGUUCUAAUCAGAAAAACCAAAACCAAAAGAUCCAAAAUUUCGAAAACUUUGCAUAUUGCAAUUACUACUUUCACGGGCGAGUUUCGCUCUUCUUGUGUCUGAUCUUGUCUGAAAAAUUCUACUUCUCCAGAAAUUGAGAUGCUCUUUUGAACUCUCCGCUGCGUAUUAGGGUUUUCUCAGAGCAAGGACUCUGUUAAUUCGAGCUUGGAAUCGGUGAAUUAUACGGUUGGGGUGUUGAGGAAGAGGAAUGUUUUAUUCACAGUUUAUAUUAGCUAAGAAAGGACCACUUGGGACAAUAUGGAUCGCUGCCCAUUUGGAGAGGAAGCUUCGAAAGAAUCAGAUCGCUGAUACUGACAUUGGUGUCUCCGUUGAUUCUAUUCUCUUUCCGGAAGCUCCAAUUGCGUUGCGUUUGUCCAGCCAUCUUCUCCUUGGUGUGGUUCGUAUAUAUUCCAAAAAGGUGAACUACCUAUUCGAUGAUUGCAGCGAGGCGUUGCUUAAGGUGAAACAAGCUUUUCGCUCCGCUGCUGUUGACUUACCCCCUGAAGAGUCCACUGCACCGUAUCACUCCAUUACUUUGCCUGAGACUUUUGAUCUUGAUGAUUUUGAGCUCCCUGACAAUGAGCUCUUCCAGGGUAAUUACGUUGAUCAUCAUGUUAGUACAAGAGAGCAGAUCACUCUUCAGGAUACCAUGGAUGGUGUUGUAUACUCAACAUCGCAGUUUGGAUUAGAUGAGAGAUUUGGUGAUGGCGACACUUCUCAAGCUGCUUUGGAGCUUGACGAGGAAGUAUUCCAGGACAAGGAAGUUAUUGGAUCCGACGAUGAGGAAGUUCAAGGCACUGAUCACAAUGCAUAUAUGGUUGCGGCAACUCCGGAGAUAAAGGAUGACAUGGUAGGAGUUUCUGAUGCCAUCCCCAGAGAUUUCAAUCAAGAGCAGGUUGAAGAUCUAGCUUUGCGUAAUGAGGUCAUUGAAGAUGCUCAAGCUCCUCAAACCCCUGGGUUGGUUGAGGUGCCAAACUCGUCCAGCGUCAGAGAGCAGCUGGCAAGCGAUGAUCACAUGGAGGUAGAGGAUCUGAAUGCAGAAGAACGUAGCAAGGCCUCUGGAGAGCCGGUUGCUAAUGAGAUGCUUAAUGACCUGACCUCUGAAUAUAAUGAAGGAGAAUCUGCAGUUACUCCCAUGGAGGUGGAUAAGUCGCUGAUUGAUGAAAAUGUCAACUCACAAAACAAGCCGGAGGAGGAGAGGGCAGAGCAUGUACAUGCUACAUCGCCAUGUUGUUCUCACACCAGGGCAGAGAUGGAGGAGUGUCCUGGUCAAGCAAUCACUGAGGCAGGAACCAAUGUUGUGGCGUAUAAGUCAGAUGCUGAGCCUUGUUUAACUCAAGACCCUAAAGAUCCUGUAGAAGAGAACCAAGAUCAUUUUGCCAUUGCGUCAGCCACUGAGGUCAAUCAUGAAACAGAUUCUAGGCCAGAGGAGCAGCUGAAUAACGCAGACGCAACUGAUGAGCAAUUGGGAAACCUGACUGGAUCUACUUAUUCUGAUGUGCCUGCACCUGAAAAGGUAUUAGCUGCACCACCUAACAGACUGGGAGAUGACAACGGUUUCAUGGUUGAAUCUACUACACCAGAUGGCACAUGUAACGAGGAUGCAAGAAACAAUAACAUUACUGGGAAGAAACGCACUUUCACUGAGAGCACCUUAACUGCAGAGAGUCUGAACUCUGUUGAGUCAGUUGGACUGGUUCAGUCCAAGAGAACUGCAGAUUCUUCUGUUCCUGAUGAUGAUGACUUGUUGUCUUCUAUCUUAGUUGGAAAGUCAUCUUUUCUGAAGAUGAGGUCUACACCUGUAGUUGAAAAAGCAACUACAAAACGGUUAAGAGCUUCUGCUCCUCGUUCUACUGCCACAAAGAGGAAGGUUCUAAUGGAUGACCCUAUGGUCUUGCCUGGCGAUGUUAUACGGGAACAGCUGAUAAACACUGAAAGUAUACGCCGUGUGCGAAAGAAGGCGCCUUGCACUGUUUCCGAGAUCUUAAUGCUUCAAAGGCAGGCUUUGGAGGAUGGACUCUUGAAGGAGCCUAUAUUCACUGGUAUGUCAGUGGAGUUAGUAUCUCUACACAAUGAGCCGUAUGAUCUUAGAGGAAUCAUGGUAAUCGAAAAUGAUGAUCGUCGUGCUUGUGCUGGAGUGGUGGAAGGUAAUGAAUGUUCUGUCAGGGCUGUUGAAGAUAAUGCGACUGAAGAAAGCUCUGAUCCUCAAGCUCACCCUAAUGACUCUGAGGAACAACCUGCUGAGGCUCAGACUACUCACUCACAGGACCAACAAAUCAUAAACCAACAGGAAGAAGUGAAAGACGAUAAUGAUCUUGGUGAAACAAGAUGUGACUUUGAAGUUUCAAAAGAGGACAUCGGAGCUGCAGUUGCUGUUGGAGUAACUCUUGUAGUGAAUGACGAGAUCUGUCAACCAUCUGAGGACAAACUCGAUCAUGUAGACAGUGUAGAGGUGGAAGGAUGCCAUGGAAACCAUGAUGGAGGGCUAGGCGGUCAAGAUAUUUGUGAUGUUAUCGAAAUUGCUGAAGGCGAUGUGGAUGACAACGCCGUUCUCAAUGAAACAGACUUUAAAGCUGAAGAUGAGCUUCCAAGUGAAGAUAAGAAGACGGAUGCAUCAGCUGAAGUCAGCGAGUUUUGGAUAGACGACCAAACUCCAUGCGAUAUCACAGUUGGUUCUAUUGAAACUGGAUGCUUAGCAGCUGAUGAUUUUAGUAAUCCGGCUUUGGAAACUUGCAACGAACCUCUAAUGGAAGCAAAUAAUGAUGGGGUGAAUCCACAUAAUGAGAUGUUUAAUGAGGAGGGUUAUAUGCAAAGUGCACCAGAUGCAGAACCUUCUUCUGGCGUUGGUCUUAUGGGAGACAAUGUUGAAAUGGAUACCAUGGAAGUGGCACAUGACACAGGAUUUUUGAACGUGGAUGAUGAUGAAGUAGAUGAAGAUCAUGAGGACGACGAUGGUAUACAAGAUGAUGAUGAGACUCGUCUUCUAGAGAACAGUGGAUGGUCUUCUCGUACCAGGGCUGUGGGGAAGUAUCUCCAGACGAUCUUUGAUAAAGAAGCUGAGAAUGGGAAGAAUGUUGUUGUAGCAGACAAACUUUUAGCUGGGAAAACCCGUAAAGAAGCAUCUAGAAUGUUUUUUGAAACCCUGGUUUUGAAAACAAGAGAUUACAUCCAAGUUGAACAAGCUAAGCCUUACGAAAGCAUAAUCAUAAAACCGCGACCAAAACUCACCAAAUCCAUCUUCUAAAUUGGAGAAAGAUGAUCAGAGUCUCGAAGUUGCAGAUUAGGUAGGUUGGUUCGAAUCAUCCAAAAUGAUUUGUCAUUCUCUAAAGUUAUAGGUUUUCCUGGUGUUCUAGCCUUAACCAUCCAAGUAGCUGGAGGAUGUCAUUUAUUUUAUCUUUAUACAUAUAUAUAUAUAUAUAUGAGUUGUGUAUAUAAUAUUGGUGCCAUCAUGAUCAUUGAUCUGAUCAUCACCAGUUUACAUUUGAGAGAUGCUAAUUUUAUUUUCUUUGGAUAACCCAACUUCUCCGGUUUGUGAUAUUGAACUUGAGAAUGUUUGUUGACAAAAAAAAAGGAAU